UUUAUUUGAAUGACAAUACUUUAUGCUGUGCAAUCACACAGCUGCUCCUAGGUUUUAUAAAAGAGAGUGAUACUAGAUGCCCGUGAUGAGCAAUAGAUAGCCUGCAAGGUGACAACAUGACUGUCGGAAAGAUCAUCUUCUAUGAGGAAAGGAAUUUUCAGGGCCGUCAUCACGAAUGCAGCAGUGACUCGGUAGAUCUGCAGCCCUACUUUACCCAAUGCCACUCCAUUAGGGUAGAGAGUGGGUGCUUUAUGGUGUAUGAACAUCCAAAUUACAUGGGGCAGCAGUACUUCCUGCAGAGGGGCGACUAUUCUGACUGUCAGCGUGUGAUUGGUUUCAGUAACUGUAUCAGAUCGUGCCGUAUGAUCCCCACGUACAAUGGCAUUCAUAGGAUGAGAUUGUAUGAGCGGGCUGAUAUGGGAGGUAAGAUGAUAGAGCUAACAGAAGACUGCCCUAACAUCAUGGACCGCUUCCACACGUCUGACAUCCAGUCCUGUCACGUGAUGGAUGGCCACUGGCUUUUAUAUGAGCAGCCCAACUACAGGGGACGAAUGUAUUACCUAGCACCAGGUGAAUACAGGAGGUACAGUGAUUGGGGAGGCACUGUCCCAAGAAUUGGAUCCCUCAGAAGAAUCAACACCUUAACCUAGAUCAGAAAAAUGCAGAACGCACACUGUGAAAUAAAUUCUUCUGACUAAAACA